GUCUGCUACAUUUUUCAGUUUCUUCCUCUGCAUUUGUAAACCAAUUUAUGAGUAAGUUUUCUUUUGUACAUUUUAAAUAUAUACCCAACACAUUAAAUGUGUUGUUAUCGUAAUUUUCCUAAAGGACAAAAUCGACAUGUGCUUUUUAUAUAUAUAUAUGUCAAAAUCAUUUUCUUUUAGGCUCUCAGCAGCUUUUUUCUAAGAAACUAAAUAAACAAAAUAUUCAAGCUUGCUACAAUAUGUUCUUAAUUAAGAUCUAAACAAUUGUUCUGAAAAUGAAUUUUAACCCUUUCAUGCCAUAAUGCUCUCUUGUGUUUGAGGUUAGAGUUAGGUGGUAUUGCACACUUUAUAAUAAUUAUACAAAUAUUACUCGUUUAUUUGAUUAAAACAUAUUUUGUAAACAGGGGUUGAUUGAAAGUGCAUGUUAAAACAGUGCAAAGUUUGCUUUUUUAGAAACUGCACAUGUGAAAUGUAGAAAACUUUUGUGGAAUUUUCAUUUUUGUUUAAAGGCCUUUGGGGUAAAAUCCUUUUACGUAUUUUAAUAUCUACAUUUGCCUGUUCGUAUCACUGCAGAAUGUCGCCUGAAUUCCUUCACCAGGACAUGUUUCACAGAAUUGCAUCCACUCUGAACUCGGUUUUGGUCCCUGUGAUGGAUGAGCUGGUGCUGCUGGGGAAGAACAUUUAAACGGAGCUCCCAAACCAAUUCCUACCCCAAAGCACUGAAUUUAUUGAAGGAAUUUAGUCAUUUAAAUGAGAAAUUGCUGCAUUGCUGCUGAUAAAGUAAUACAUUUAUGUUAAAAAUAAAUUUAAGGGUUUUACUGAUGAUGUGAUUAAUAUGUCACCAAAUAAGGAGCUGUGACCUAGUCUGGAGCACCUCUUCAUCCCUAGAGUGGCCCAGAAGAUUCCAAUGUGGAAAUCUCACCCCUCAGUCUUAAACAACAACAUUUCUGUUGUUCCAACAUCACAUAUGAAAGUCCAGGAGAAACUGCUACUGGUCCACCUGAAUGAAUGAAAAAACACUUAUCACUGUGUGGGGUUGGAGUUGAAGAUGUCUGCUUCACCUGCUUCAGCAAACCUAUAGUCAUCUGGCAGCUUUCAGAAUGUUUCUUCAGUUUAUUCAACGCAACCCAACCUGAUCUAUUAUGUACGAAGCUCCAGAAGACACCUGUUUUAAAGGCUAUCUGACAAACAGACUUCAUUUUGUGACUCUGCAGUUGUUGCAUUUCAGAAAUGAGACGGAGUGCAGAAACCUGGUGGAGCACUUUAUGGAAUGAUGUGAGAAAAAUUAUCUCAUCUGAAAUGACAAAACAAAGGAGACGAAUGUGGAUUUUAGAAUAUGGGAGUAGGAGUAGAGGUGGAUGAGGGAUGUAGAUCCAUCAGUGAUCAGCUGACCAGCCAACUGGGCUGGAGACAAUACUGAAGCUGUAGAGAUAGAGCAGAGUAGACAUCCUGAGGAAGUCUGUCCAGAAUCUUGGUGUGACCUUUGACCCAUCCCUCACCCUGGAUUCUCAUGUCCAUUCUCUUGUUCACUCUUCCUUCUUUCAUCUCAAGAACAUUGCUAAGCUGAGUCUCAUUCUGUCUCGCUCUGAACUUGGGAUUGUUAUCCACACCUUCAUCUCCUCACGCUUAGACUACUGUAACUCUCUUUUCACGUGUCUGAGCAGAACCUCCCUGAACCGUCUACAGGUGGUUCAAAUGCCUGUGCUCGGCUUCUGCUUCUCCUUGGAGCUUCUAGAGUGAAUUUUACAAAAUGAGUAUGCUUCACAACUAAGAACAUGAUGGGAAACAUUUAGCAUCUUUUGCACAAGACAGUAAUUCAAUACCAUUGUCUUCAGUCACAGGUUUCUUCUGAUCUGCUGCACAUCCAGAUCCUUCCUGGCUGCAGCUUGAACCUCCUUUACCAAUUAGCUUAAAGACACUCAAGUUAUAUUUUCCCUCUGGGUUUAACGAAAUACCUUUGAAUGUAAUUAUAUUUUAUUUACAGGUAUGAAAACUACAAUGAAUCUCCCCUAAUUUCCUCCCAGCCAUGAUUACCCUCCCUCUAACUGAUUCAUUCUGUAAUCUGCUGGAAGGAAUUAGUGCAGAACAGGUUGCAAAUGAUGUCUGAUGUGAUGAUGAGCACUUAUUCAGCUCUUUAUACUUCAGAUGAUCAAUGGAAAACACAGUAGUCUGCAUCUAUUCCUUCUUACAUGAGAGUCAAGGAUUCAUGUUCAACAAUGAAGGGUUCUCCAUAAAGGUUUGCACAUUUUAUUAAUCAUCAAAGGAAAGUUUAAUGCUCACUGACAAGAAUAGCAUUAAAUAAUCCUCUCUUAAUGCAUCAUCAUCUCCUCAACAUCUUAUAAAGUUUUCAAUUUUUACAUGAUUUAUGAUUAAAUUUGCACAACAUGGAACAUGAAAGCUAGUAUGUCAGAAAAAUAUCUGCUAUAGAAAGCAGCAAAUUUGCAUUUUACUGAUCAAUCAUCCCAUUCCUUUUAGCCAUUUAGCACCCUCCUUCAACCAGAGGAAAUCUACAGAGAACUUGAAGAUUAAAAGACUGAUUACUGUUAUUUUAAAAUAUGUCAAGAUAAUCUUUUGAGUUGAUUAGAAAUUGCAAACACAAUGUUACUGAACUAUAAAGUACAUUUGGACAUUUCAUCAAUUAAAAACGUGUCAGUUUCACCAAAAUAUGAUCUAAACAAAAUUAAGCAUGAAAAUAAAAUUAAGAAUUUUUCCCGCUUCGUAAAAAUAUAAAGAGAAAAUCUCAUAUUUCCGCUCACAUUUGUAGUUUUUCAAACAAAAUAAAAUUCUACUUUCGCGCAAAGAAAACAUCGUUUAAACUUGAUGUUGAACGUUACCAUCGGAACUGCGCAUCCUGGCAACAGGGACCUGAUCCUCGCUCGCACACAUCAUUAUUCUCAGUGAGCAUUAAUUCCGUCGUCAUGAUUAUUGUUGAACCAGCUGCGGAACGGAAAUGGAGAGCGUUCAAAAGUUACGCGAAGGAGAACAUCCUCAUCUUCGCCAGCCUGGCGGCCGUCGUUCUGGGGAUCGUUCUGGGCGUCGUGUUGAGAACCUACGUCAUCCUGACGGAUGAACAGCAGGAGUACAUCAAAUUCCCAGGAGAGAUUCUGAAGCGGAUGCUGCAGUUUGUGUCGGUUCCUCUGAUCACCACGAGCGUAACGCUCGGAGUGGCCGGUCUCAGCAUCAACACCUCCAGGCAUAUUGCUUUGCGUGCUACAUUCUACUUCACCAUAAGCACUGUGGUAGCUGUGACCAUUGGUUUGACACUGGCCAUAAUCAUAAAACCAGGGGCAGUAAAUCAUUUGGGUCAAGAUGUCACAGGAAGUAAUACUGAUUCCUCAACAAUUGAUGCCUUAUUGGAUCUGGGCAGAAACAUGGUUCCACCGGAUGUCCUUCAGGCUUGUUUCCAGCAGUACCAGACUGAAAAACCACAAGUGUUCGCCAUUCCCAACUCUAGCCAGAAUUACACAGCAGACGUGCCGAGGGGUCACUAUGUUGACGGUGCAAACACACUUGGCCUCAUUGCCUUCGCCUUUGUGCUUGGACUGGCAAUCAACUCUCUGAAAAAGAAAAAGGAAAAUGUAUUAGUGCUUGUUGCCAAAGCCAUCAAUGACAUCACCAAAGCUGCCGUCAACUUGAUUCUGAGAUUCCUGCCAGUCGGAGUCUUCUUCAUGAUCACAACUCGUGUCCUCGAGGUCCGCGACUGGCAAACUACGGUGAACUUGGGGAAAUUGAUAGCUGUCAUCCUCACAGGGCUCAUAAUUCAUGGAGUCAUCGUCCUGCCCAUGAUCUACAUCCUGGUUACGAGACAAAACCCCCUUAAGGUCAUCCGGGGGGUUUCUCCUGCACUGCUGACAGCUCUGCUCAUCGCCUCCAGUUCUGCCACGCAGCCUCACACCUUAAGCUGCUGCUUGGAAAACAACAAGAUUGAUGGCAGAAUCGUCCGCUUCAUGCUGCCCAUUGGAACCAAUGUCAACAUGGACGGGUCGGCGCUUUACGAGGCGGCCGCCACAGUUUUCAUCGCACAGUUGAGUCACAUCUAUCUGGACGUGACUCAGUUGUUCACCAUUGGUUUGGCAGCUGCCAUUGCCAGCGUCGGAGCUGCAGGGAUCCCAGCGACUGGAGCAGUGACCACACUCUUCGUUCUGACCGCUGUCGGCCUGCCUGUGAGGGACGCUGCCCUCCUGGUGGUGACCGAGUGGCUGCUAGACCGAUUCAACACGGUGAUUAACGUGUUGGGAGACUGCAUCGGCGUUUCUCUUGUCCAUGAAAUGUCAAGACAAGAACUGGAGAAAAUGGACAAAGAGGACAUGGAAACUGGAAGGACUUUAAACAAACCACCAGAAGAACCACAAGAAGAAAAAUCUUAGUGGGAAACCAGACACUCCUUCAACGACUCUUUUCGCAGCAAAUAAAGACUUCUGCAGACAA